AUGGGAAGGGGUAAGAUUGUGAUAAGGAGGAUUGACAAUUCCACGAGCCGCCAAGUGACGUUUUCGAAGCGGAGGAACGGGCUGCUGAAGAAGGCCAAGGAGCUGGCGAUCUUAUGUGACGCGGAGGUCGGAGUUAUGAUCUUCUCCAGCACCGGCAAGCUCUAUGAUUUUGCAAGCACCAGGUCCUACUUAUUCUAUAACAUCUUUAAUUAG